GCAGCCGGGCAGGGGGGGACCCCUGUAAUCGGGAGUCUUGCCUGCUCUUCCGGGGGGCCGGGAGGGCCACCCGAUUUUCGGGAGCCUCCCGGCCAUUCCGGGAGGGUAGGCAAGUAUGAGGUAAACCCAAUUCUUGCAGUUGAGUGAUUAUCAGCAGACUACGCAUGGUUCCUGCAAGGAUUUAUUUGCAAAGUGAUUGACAGUCAGGGACCGUUUGUGGACCGUUACAGGGAUUAACUGCAAAAACAGACAUGUCACGACCAAUUUCGGGGGAUGUCUCAGCCUGGGAUCCCGACUAGGUAGAUAAUAUGAGGGGCACCCCAUGUUACAGGCUCAGGCUUCCAACACACAGCACCUGCGAGAGCGGCAGCGCUUCUUUGAAGAUGUUCUGGCCCAUGAAGUGGACAUGUUUUACCCCUCAACUCACCUCCUCAAUGAGCGCUGGCGGCCUCCUCUGGAUAGUGUGUCAUCAAUGGAGGUAAAUAUCGACUCUCUGGAGCUGUCAGAACCACUGGACAUUAAUGAGCUGGAACCCAGUGAUGCAUUUCAGCAGUCUGAUGAACCCAUGACUCCCUUCAUUUGUCCUGCUGAUCUCCAGGGAAUGGACUAUUUUAGACUCCGCUUCCCCUUUUCUCCUACUACUGACCAGCAGCAUCAAGCACAUGAUGGUGACGCUACAGAUAGCCAAGAGGAAGCAACACAUGUACAGUCUAAGGAACGCAACGUCACUCCGGAUCCCCCACACAAUGACCACAAAACGUCCUUGUCUGAGGCACAAUGACCUGCUGCUUCCCACUGAAAAGACUAUGGUACUAGCCAGAGCCCUGGUGCUUUCAGAGCACUGGCCCGUUUCCUUAUAGAAAGUAUGGUCUGUUCCCCUUUCUGUUGGACAUUUUCAGCUGUCAAUUACAGUUAUAGCAGGUUAGGAUUUAGACAAAGAGUUUACAGAUGAAUCUUUAUUGCCAGUUCAAUGGAAAUCGCUGCUGUGGAAAACUGGCCAUUCAGCCUAAGCAGUUAGUACUAGAAAAUGCCAUAGCCUUAGAAAAAAGGAGGUUUUUAAUGCAUUCCAAUAUUGUUCACAGCACGUUUGUGUGUUAUAGUUUUGUUUGUGAGUUAGGUUAGACUGUCCACUAUUCUAUUAAUAAUCAUUUUCUAGGAACAGAGCGCCUAUUGGAACAAAAGUGUAACUUCCUUCUAUUUCCAUCCACACCGCGUGAAUUCAGACCAGGCUGUAACAUGAUCAUUAUCCCCAAGUAAUUAUAUCAUGGUAAAAAGAAAAAGAAAACAUUUGUGGCGCCCUCCAGUGAAAGUGAUGUGGGAAUUUGUUUCAUCCUGAAGCGUUACAAAACUGAAUAUACUCUGUUUCAGCCAGAUAUGGAUUGUUAUGGGUUGGUUUUUUUUAAUGUUUCUGUGCACAUCUGUGAUACCAGAAUGACGCCUUGUAAUACACUGACUCAAUAUAGUUACUGUUUUUAAAACAAAGGACUAUUUCUUUACAGUUUAGUUGACUUGUAAAUCCUAAUACAUCUAUUACACGUAUUAUAGAACAUGAAAAAAAUUAACUGAAAUAAAGAUUAGAAGGUACAUAAAGGAAA